GCCAUUUUGACCAGACUGCGAAUUAGUUGCUAUUUGAUUGUGCUGCAUUCGUACCAUCACAGAAAUAAUCAUGGGUAGGAAGAAGAAGAAGCAAAUGAAGCCAUGGUGUUGGUAUUGCAACAGAGAUUUCGACGACGAGAAAAUCCUCAUUCAACACCAAAAGGCGAAACAUUUCAAAUGCCAUAUAUGUCAUAAGAAAUUGUAUACGGGUCCAGGUUUAGCUAUUCAUUGUAUGCAGGUACACAAAGAAACAAUAGAUGGUGUCCCUAAUGCCAUCCCUGGUAGGACUGACAUUGAGUUGGAAAUAUAUGGCAUGGAAGGAAUUCCUGAGAAAGAUAUGGAGGAGAGACGACGUGUUUUGGAACAAAAAACACAAGAGAGUCAGAAGAAGAAGCAGAACCAAGAUGACUCAGAUGACGACGAUGAUGAUGAGGCCGGGCCUUCCUUCCAGCAACCAGCUGCCCAGCCCCAAGCUGCAUAUGCGCCCCCCAUGACCCAAGCAGGCAUGCCUCCAGUGCCAGCUGCACCAGGGAUGCCACCAGGGGGCUAUGCGGGUAUGCCCCCAAUGAUGCCUGGUGUUCCUCCUAUGAUGCCAGGAAUGCCGCCUGUCAUGCCAGGCAUGCCACCAGGCAUGAUGCCAAUGGGUGGAAUGAUGCCACCAGGACCUGGAAUGCCACCUAUGAUGCCAGGCAUGCCACCGGGAAUGCCCCCACCGGUGGCCCAUCGGCCUGGCAUGCCCCACAUGGCGCAGGGUCCUCCGUCCGCAGUCCCAGGCAUGCUGAACAGACCCGCCAUGCCCACUGCCACCGCAUCCUCAGCCCAGCCGGCGGUCACCAAGCCCCUGUUCCCCAGCGCAGGACAGAUGGGAACUCGGGCUCCAAGUACAAGUACACCCUCAGCGAGUGUCGACACUUUGUCUGCAUCCUCUAAGCCUCUGUUCCCUAGCACAGCACAAGCUCAGCAAACGGGUUCUGGUGCGGCCGGGGCCGACAUGAAGGCCCUGAGCACCCCAGCUACCUCCUCUGACCCGGCCAAGCCCACGUUCCCCGCCUACACUCAGUCCACUGCCCCGGCAGCCGGCUCUGGCUCGGGCAGUACCGUAUCCAAACCGCCCACUCCCGUGACCAGUAAGCCUGCCACACUCACCACCACCAGUGCAACCAGUAAGUUGAUGCACCCCGAUGAGGACAUCUCGCUGGAGGAAAUCCGAGCUCAGUUGCCCAGAUACCAGAGUAAAAUGCCCCGGGCGGGGCAGGCCGCCAUGGCUAGCCCGCCUGUUACCCCCAUGAGUGGAAUGAUUCCCCCUCAGCAGGGCUUGCCACCUCAACAGCCAGGUGUGCGGCACCCCAUGCAUGGGCAGUAUGGUGCUCCACCCCAAGGCAUGCCAGGCUACAUGCCUGGUGGCAUGCCUCCUUACGGGCAGGGGCCGCCCAUGGUGCCCCCUUAUCAAGGAGCACCACCACGGCCGCCCAUGGGCAUGAGGCCUCCUGUCAUGUCACAGGGAGGUCGCUUCUGAAGCCCCCAACCAACCAACCAACUGCCUGUCUGCAAUAGGUUUGGAGAUUCAUCCAUUUUCUCAUCUAGUGCUGUUUAUUUAGUUGCCAAGUUGCCAGUAACGGUAAAUGUAAAUUCUACUUGCGCUUGUGAGAAAAAAAAAAAAAAAAAAACUGGGUGAGGAGAGGAAAAAAAAAGCUUAACAACGCAUGGGACAUUUGCAUUUGAAAAACAACUAAGAAAAGAAAUGAAAGCAUUUUCUCUUCAUCUGCACCUGAUGGAAUCUGUUGUUGCAAAAUCAUACUGUGUGUGUGUGUGGCUUUUUUCCCCUCUUAUGUUCCAUUUAGGUUUUUAGAAGUGUAGUAAAUAUGGUUCGUAAUGUUUUGAAGGCGCUGGAGUUACAUGAACAGGCCCUCCUUAAACAAGGCAAGUCCCUGUAAAUACAUGUACUGUGCUUAUUAUCUGCGAGGCCUUCACAGCGCCCUUAGGUGCUGUUGGACCUCUGUGUCCCCAACUGAGUUUGGUGAGGGCUUCCUCAGGUAGCUGUUGUGUCUUGUCUGCUUGUCCACCUUUUAUUUAACCUCAAAAAAUCUCUUCAAUUCAGUUUCAAAGUAAAUCUGGAAAAAAAACAAAAAACAAAAAAAAACACGGUCACACACUAAACUGUUUCUGUGAAUUUGAUUUCUGUACUGCUGUAAGACUCUACCCCUUGUAAUAAAACAUGUUGAAAACUUAAGACUGUUUUUUCAUGGCCGUGGGGAAAGGACUCCGUCAGCAAGGUUUGUACUUUGAGUUUGUUACAAAACUGCAGGCUCAGCUGAACUUACUUGAAUGGAAAUGUGUGUGGAUCCAAUGUUGUGCUAUUUCUUUCUCUUUUUCUUUAAGAACCACUGAAGUGUAUGUCUUGAGUGGUAUUGGUCAUCCACAUUGUAAAUGUUGCCACCCUGCAGAUCUGGGUUUGAAAGGAUGUAGUUAUUUUUUAAACUCCUCAGCAGGGUGGGGAGUGCAGUCCACAGCAUUGAAAUUGUCCUCCAGUUGCAGGGUUGGCAUUUAUGAAUAUGGAUGCUCCCAAUCACCAAUGAGAUUGCUCUUGCAUGGCUCUCUGUUGUGAGACACUGAAAAAUAUAAUUGUGCUUUUUCCCCCCCGAUUCUGAUCUUUUUUUAAAAAAAUAUAUAUAGUUGUAUAUUUCACUGUACAUUCAGAUGGGUUGUAAAAGUUAUGCUCAUCCGAAAGCAAAACCUAAUAUCCAUCUUAAUAGUUAGGAUUAUCUGGUAUCAUUGAUUAUUUUUUUAUUUUAUUACGCUCUUGUGAAUUUAGUGUUUUACGUGGCCUUUUGGAUGCAUAACUUCACAGCGCCUAAGAGUGCUUUUUUUUUACAGUUAGAAGGUGUUGAAAGACGUGGCUGAUGUGCUAAACUUAAGAUCUCUCUUCCCCCUCCCCUCUGUAGCUAUGCCAUGGAACUGGCAGAGGCAGAGUCUUGAGGGUUGCUCUGGUCAGGCCGAGGCAAGUCCGUCCUUUUUUUUCCUCCCUCAUUCUCCUGUCCACUCCAGGGGCCCUCACAGCCCUCAGGGCUGUUGGAUGCCUGCGUCCCCAAACUUGCAGCAAGUUUGGCGAAGGCCCCUUGGAUCUGUUCACUGUAGGCACUGCCACUGACUAACCGCUUCACUCAUGCAAGUUCCUUGUCACUAUACAUUAGUUUUUAGUUUGGGUGGGAUUAGUUGGUAAUUGCAUAGACAAAGCAAAUGGCUCCUCCUUGACGUUGUUGGGAUUGGCAAAUGUCGUGUAGUUUAUGAAAUGGUGGCUCAGUGACAAAAUCUGAGUACAGAUUUUACCUGGUAAAAAGAGGGGUUGUAACUAAAGUGACCUUACCCACUGUAAUAUAGGUCCAUCUCAUGUGAUCAGGCAGUUUAUUCUUAACAGUUACAAACACCUCUCGCCCAUUGUAAAUCAAACUUGCAAACAUGCAGCCAUGUCAUGUAUUAGAACAGCACUACCAAGAACAGCAGCACCAUCCCCACUACCCUUACUGCCCUCUGCCCAAAAUUAACACUAAGAAGCCACAUGUCAGCCAGCUGUUCUCUGUACUGAGUGAAGUGUGAAACGAUUCAAACACAUGGUCCAUGUCAUUCAUGUGCUCUUUGUUUCCAUCAGCUGACCAACAAACAGCAUUUCAGCACUCGCUAUUAGCUGGUCAAAGUCGAGAGUGUCGCCACUACAGGUUAGUUUAUCCUGUAAGUAUCAGACUCGGGCUAGCAUAGUUCUGUCUUGUCAUGUUCAGGCAUUAGCAGCUGUAAUUGUUGACAAAGGACUGGACACACAUUGUCCCUUUUUGAACUUGUAGUACCACAUUGGGUUUUUUUGGACUCUGUAACAUGUAACUUAACACAACCACAGUAUUAGUGCAUGCAGUGUAUGUGGAUUUCCCACUUUUGUGAUGCAAGCCUCUGGGGAAAGUGGCGUGAGUGUGAAGCGUUUGUAAGCUCCAUCUAAUCCUGUAGUACCUUUGAUUCCUCUGAUCCAGCCGUGUCACCCCCGAGGCAGGGAUUCAGGGUCUGCUAACAGACUUUUUUGCAUCCAAGGAAGUUCUGUAUAUCCAAACAACAGAAGGAGAGUCUGUGACCAUUUACAGUGAACCAGAAGAGAGAAGAGGACAACUGAUUGAGUUUUACCUGGAGCACACAGCCACUCAGCCAAAGAGGCAGGUCAUCUUCCUGUCUGAGAACGGCGUAAAGGAAAGUCAGUCUUACACUGGCCGUGUCCAGACAAGUGGAAUAGCAUCUUUUCCAAUAAAUGUAAACAUCUCUCAGUUGCGCCGCACUGACACUGGCCUGUACACAAGCAGGUUUAUUAACAAAGGCUCCUCAUCCAAUCAAGAUGUCGAGGGCAGCACUCAGCUCUUUCUUUAUGUUAAAGGGGCAGACGAAGAUGGGCCUUGCCAGUGCAGUCGCUACACAUCUCUGCUGUAUGCCAUCUCUGCAGCAGUAGCCCUGCUCUCUCUCCUGCUCACUGGCUUCUGCCUGAUGCAACAUAGCAAACAGAGGCCGAGUUCAAAGCCUCCACCACCAAUGAAUGACAUUUACGAGGUGAUGUCCAUAGGACAGCAGGGGAACCUUGUGACCCAGAAUGGCCAACAGAUGGCUACCCAGCAGGAGGACAUGAACAUAUAUGCCACACCUAACCUGACACCUGUGCAGGAGAAUCAGUAUGCAAAUCCUCAGACUUUAAGGCCCAGCCUUCAAACUCAGACGUCUGUUCUGUGACAGCUCUCAGAUCAUUUGAGGAGUCCUUCUUUGAGGACAGAUUCUAAGAGUUCUUGAUGAAUACUGAUCAGGACAGUUUAAUCAAGCAAUGUAAUCGUUUAUUUGGGCAAGUUAAGAUGCAAUGCAUGUUGCUGUAUCCCUCAAUACAUCAAAUUUCUGAUGAAAGGUGCCGAGGGGAAUUGGUGACCCAUAAGUCUUCCCAAUUUUAUUACUAGUGGGAGAUUCUAUAGCCUACAUUAAAACAAUGUGGAACAUCAUCUUUAGAAUACCAUGUUUUGUAUGACUGUAGAGACAAUGUUAUCUGGCCUUGGUAAAACUUAGGCUAAUUAAUUUGCUGCUUAUGUUAUGGUGGGCUGCUGGUUAUGUGGAAGUUAAACAGCUUGGGCUGAUCAACAUUUCACUUUAACCUAUAGCAUGUAUGGGAGAGAGGACUGGUGUGCAGUAAAGACAAUGUACAGACAAUGUACAUACAAUACUUGUUCUACAAUACAUCACAUAUAAUUUGAUAGUUUAUGUAACUUAUGAGUCUUGAAGAACACAACUUUUGGCCAAGAAAAAAUGCAAUUUAUUAACUGUUUGUAAUAAGCUCGAUAGUUCAAGAAAACAUUUUUUUCUGCUGCAUGUCAUCAACAAUCACAUUCUAGGAGGACAGAGAGAAAGGAAAAGAAAAUCCAAAUGAUUCAAAGCCACUGACUCAUCCUCUGAAAAUCUCAGUACAGACAUUUUCCUUGACAUUGUAAAACAAAAAAGGCAAAAAUGCCACCCCAUUUUACCCAAAACCCUACCCAUAAUUCCUGUCAGAGAAAAAGUACACCCUUACAACUCUUUUUUUUUUUUCUUAGACGGGCUACAUUAAAAACCCACAGUGUUCUGCUCCAAUGAAAUGUUCAUUGGUUUAGGAAUACAUAGCAUGGCAAUGAAAGAUAAAAGUGGGGAAAAGGGGGAUAUACUCGAAAGAAGGACUUAUUUUGGGUUGGGGAGAGGAUCCAGAGGUGAAGUGCAACACCCUAAUAAGGAAAGCCCAAGGUGCUCUCCCAUGCCCCCAACAACUUGUGCAUAGAUCAUGAUCCUUUAAAACCAGCAUCUUAGUCCUUCCUUAUCAAACAAUAGUCCAUGUUGAUGCAGACACCCUUCAGUGAAAGUCCUCUCCUUAGUCGUUUCAUACCCGCCAUGACAGGGAAAUUAUGGGAGAAGAGACAAACAUUAUAAUGCACAAAACUCCUGAUUUCUGACAGGAAGGGACCUCAUAUGAAAAUACAAGAGAUUGCAAACAUCCAGCAAACUUGUGUGUCUAUUUUGCCGUCCAUUUCACUAUCAAAAAUCCUUGAUCAUUUUUGUUUAAAAUGUAAAGCAUUUUUUUCCAUAUAAUAGAUAUCUUAGAUAUAUAUAAAGCACUCAUCUUUUUCUUUUAGAGUUCAUUAUUUGGUAAAUAUGUACUGUAUCUGCUACGGAUUUAUCAGAGACAAUGAACUUUAUCUGCUGCUGCUUCUGAAAUUCAUAACCCUCGACAAAAAUUUUUUGUCGUCCUUUUUGUUUGUUCUCAAAAAAGGAACAUUAAAAUGUCAUGGAGGUGGUGCUCGAGAGCCCUAGCCAUCCUGA